GCAGAUGUGAUGGAAGAAAGAAAAUUGUUUCCAUUCUUCGACUGCGCGUAUCAGGGAUUCGCUUCUGGAGAUCUGGACAGAGAUGCCCAAAGUUUCAGGACUUUUGUCGACAGAGGAUUUGAGACACUGUGUGCCCAGUCUUUCGCUAAGAACUUUGGACUCUAUAUGAACGUUAAAUCACAGAUAACUCUAUUGGUUAGAGGAAACUACAGCAACCCUCCAGUUCAUGGCGCCCGCAUUGUAGGCAAAGUUCUCAAUGAUCCUCAACUCAAUCAGGAAUGGAAAAAUUGCAUUAAAUUAAUGUCGGGUCGAAUCCAAGACAUGAGGAAAACAUUGCGCGAUAACAUCGAAAAGUUGGGAACUCCUGGGAAGUGGAGUCACAUUACGGAACAAAUAGGAAUGUUCUCAUAUACGGGUCUCAAUGGACAACAAAUCAAGCAUUUGGUUGAAAACUAUCACAUCUAUCUCCCAAAGGAUGGACGCAUCAGUUUGAGUGGAAUCAAUACCAAUAAUGUUGAAUAUGUGGCCAAAGCUAUCAACGAUGCCGUCAAUCAAUUCCCAUAAAUUAGUCCUUUUCUUAAAUUGCAAAUCAAUUGUUUUCUCUUAAAUUCUAUUGGUUUUAGCGAUAGUUUAGAGAAAUAUAAUCAUUAUUACUGUUAUUCCGGUAUAUAUAG